AUGUCCAGUAAGGCUAAGAGGCAAUUAUGGGAGGAAAAAAACAUGGCAGAGGCUUUGCGAAAUGUUCGGGAAAAAAAGAUGGGAUGGCAAUUAGCGUCCAAAAUCUUCAAUGUCCCUGCUACCACACUGCGCAGAAGAUUUAAAAACAAUUGUAACAGUACCAAAGGAGAUUUCGGGGGUAAAAGACCAGUAUUCAGUCGGGAGAUGGAAGAUCAAUUUGCUCAACAUAUAAAGGAUAUGGAAGCUAAAUUUUUCGGUUUCAUAUUAAAGGAUUUAAAGAAGUUAAUUUUCGAAUUUGCAUCAAAAAAUAAUAUAAUAAACCCGUUUAACAAAGAAAAAGAAACAGCUGGUGAUAAAUGGAUUCAGGGAUUUUUAAAACGAAAUCCACAGAUAUUUCUCAGAAGGCCUGAAAACACCUCAGCUGCUCGGGCACAAGCCUUCAAUAAAAAUUAUAUCGCUUUAUAUUUUAAAUCUCUGAACGAGGUUAUGGAAAAAUAUAACUUUCCACCAGAAAAUAUUUACAACAUUGACGAAUCUGGUCUCAGUAUAGUACAAAAACUACCACAAAAAAUUCUAACCACUAAAAGACGAAAGCAAGUUGGAGCGCUGUCUAGUGCUGAACGACGACAGCAUUUAACUGUGGUAUGCUGUAUGAAUGCCAUGGGCACGUUUGUGCCACCAGACUUUAUAUUUCCACGAAAAAGAAUGAAAAAUGAGCUGAUGGAGAACGCUCCAAUGGGCAGCAAAGCCUAUUGUCAACUAAACGCUUCGAAUGAAAACAAGGUUUUACUCUUAUUGGACGGCCACAGCAGCCACAAAAGCCUAGAAGUGCUACAAUACGCGAAAGAUAAUGGUGUGAUACUAUUCUGUUUUCCCGCACAUUGUUACCCACCGGCUACAGCCCCUGAAUGUAGUUUUUUUUUUCACAUCUCCAAACUUAUUACGGCCAAGAAAUUCAGACUUGACUUAAACAACAUCCUGGCUGCUACACUCGCAAAUUAUGCAGUACACGCGUUUGCCAAAACAGGAAUAUAUCCCUUCGAUGAAAACAUCUUUCCUGAUUGGAUGUUCCAACCCUCUUCCACAACCGAUGGACCGUUAACCGAACAUGACCAAUGCCAAAAUGGUCAAAAACAACCACAACACGGAGACGUAGACGUUGAACUGCCUAAAUUAGGCUCUGGAACACCAGAAGCUACUGAAGUUGAACCUUCAACAUCAGGAUUUGCCAAAACUAAGUCCACGACAGAAAGAUUUCCGUCAACGAGGAAAUGA